GGCCGGAUAAAUAUAAAGCAAACCAUUAAAACCCAAUCCAGAUAAGGCAUUUUUUUUUUAAUGUUUUGUUUCUAAAAGCUAAAUGCUUUCAUUCCCACUGCAGAAUUUGGUGGUGUCAACAACCCCACUAUCCAAUUCCUGGAAAAAGCAUCCCCUCUCUCCAAUAAAUGGCUCCUUUCCUUUCCCCAAAGCUAGUACAUGCAGUAAAAGUUAUCCCAAUGCCACAUUUCCUUGUUCUUUAAUUUCAUCACCUCUCGCAAAACAAAAGGCUAGCUCAAAUGUCUACUCUCUCCUGUGGGCUUCUUCCCAGGAUUCUAUCCGACAGAGAGAGGAGGAAGAAGAAGAAGAAGACGAAGAGUAUCAAGUGCUUACAGCAGUGAGAAGCAAGUAUAAUGAUAUUGUAAUUGUGGACACUCCUAAAGCCAGGAUGUUGCUUCUUGACUCUACUCAUAAUGUUCACAGCAUUCUUAAUAAGGGUCAGAAAUGGACUGGAUCGUAUUGGGAUGAAUUUGCUAGUUUACCAGCUGUCAUACCAAAAGGUCCUAUUGCAAUCUUGGGCCUGGGUGGUGGUACUGCUGCACAUUUGAUGCUUGACCUGUGGCCUUCUUUACAGCUUGAAGGUUGGGAGAUUGAUCCAAUUUUAAUCGAUAAAGCAAGGCAACAUUUUGGGCUUUCUGAUCUUGAGAAGCAUAAUAUAGCUGGUGGCCUACUGAAUGUUCAUAUUGGGGAUGCACUUUGUCCCUCGGAAAAUGAUUCUGGAAGAUAUGCUGGCAUUGUGAUUGACUUGUUCUAUGAAGGAAAGGUUUUGGCACAACUACAAGAGGUUGAAACUUGGUUGAAAUUGAGUGAUAGGUUGAUGCCCAAUGGUCGAUUUAUGGUGAACUGUGGUGGCAUCUAUGAAAAAUCAGAUACUACCAAUGGAAUAAUCCACCCUAAAUUAGUUGACGCUACUUGGGCUGAAAAUACUACCAUCAAGGCGUUAUCUGAAGCCUUCCCUGGACAAGUAAGCUGGAAGAGAAUGCCAGAAACACAAGGUGCAAAUUAUCUAGCAUUGACAGGACCUUUUCCAGAUCUGACAUUAUGGUCUUGUAAGGUCCCAGAUCCUUUAUGUCAAACUGUGAGGCAAUGGAGGCCUUGUGCUUCUGCUUCUGUAUUGUAGUGAGAAACAACUAUGAUUCUCUUUAGUCAUUUGGCUUGGGACUUGUAUAAUGUUACUCUGUUCAUUAAGGAUCAUUGUGAUUUUACUUGUUCUACUAAACAUGAAUAUUUCUAUUUGAUCAAGGGAUUUAUUUAAGAGCCA